GGGAUCGGAGGUGGCUCCUCCCGCAGCCUGACGGAGCACUUCUCCGACGUGCUGCUCAGUCUGAACAGACAUUGUCCGGUUUUACUGUCCGAGUGGCUGACAGAGACCCUGCAGACCCCCGGGUUCCCCUCAGCUCAUGUGUCCUCAGAGCAGAAGCACACCUUCACCCAGCAGAUCUUGAGGGAACAAACAAACAAGCAUCAGAUGAAAGCGACAGUGAAGGAGUUUUCUCUGCUCUGCCGAGGCCUGCAGGGGUCCGGAUACUCCGAGUUCUGAGCGACUGCAGCGGGUCUUCAGCAGAGGGUCACAUGGUUCCAGAACAUUUUAGUUUUAAAUUCCAGACAUUUUUAAACCCACAUUUUAAGACUUUUUUUAACGAAAUGUUUUAAAUUAUUCUGAUUUACUGUUUGCACUGUGGUGCUGUGUUUAUGUAAAAUAGUUUCCGUUUUUGACCUUACAACACUUCUUGAGAGGAUAAAUAACUACCUACCACUGCAAGAUUAAAUUUUUUUCUUUAGUGCAGCUGUUUUAUCAGAAUUCUCAUAAUUCUUUGAACCAAAAACCAGAUUUUUAUAUUGUGACAUGAGCCUGCAUGUCUGUAAGGAUUAAAAUCUUUGCUCGUUAUGAUUUAUUUCAA